GGGAGGGAGGAGGAGGAGCGAUGAUUGACGCGCGCCUGCUUUUGGCACGGCAGCGCGCUGUUGCUGUCGCCGCUUUCUCAGUCGCGCGUGCGCGCGCUCCCUUGCUCGCGCAGGAUCAAGCAGCCAGCCGAAAAACCGACAGGCAGAUCUGUUCCCUCGCGCGCCCGUCUCGUGCCCGUUCUCUCUUCGCCGCGCGCGGAGCUUGAGGAGAGAAGCCGCAUAAAAUGACGACUGCAUAAAUGCCACAGAAUAAAUGGCGUCGAAAGUAACAGAUGCUAUAGUAUGGUACCAGAAGAAGAUUGGUGCAUAUGACCAACAAAUAUGGGAAAAAUCUGUAGAACAAAGAGAAAUCAAGGGUUUGAGGAACAAGCCAAAGAAAACUGGACAUGUAAAGCCAGAUCUCAUCGAUGUUGAUCUUGUAAGAGGAUCUGCCUUUGCUAAAGCUAAACCAGAAAGUCCAUGGACCUCCCUGACUCGAAAAGGAAUUGUUAGAGUUGUUUUCUUCCCCUUCUUCUUCAGGUGGUGGCUACAAGUGACAUCAAAGGUUAUUUUCUUCUGGCUCCUUGUCCUUUAUCUUCUUCAAGUUGCUGCGGUAGUAUUGUUCUAUACAAUAGAAGGCCCACAUAAUAUACCUCUGACUGAAGUAAUAGGGCCUGUAUGGCUCAUGUUGCUCCUUGGAACAGUGCACUGUCAGAUUGUUUCAACAAGAACACCUAAACCACCUCCAAGUACAGGAGGGAGAAGGAGAAGGAAAUUAAGGAAAGCAGCACAUUUGGAAGUACAUAGGGAAGGAGAUGGCUCUAGUACCACAGAUAACACACAGGAAGGAACAGUGCAGAACUACGGUACAAGCACCUCUUACAGUAUUGGCGCUGUCUUCAGAGAUAUCUGGCAUGCCGCUUUCUUUUUAUCAGGAGUGAAGAAAAUGAAGAACUCUAUAGAUAAAUCUACAGAGACUGACAAUGGGUAUGUCUCCCUUGAUGGAAAAAAGACAGGUAAAGGCAGCGAAGAUUUUUUACAGUCUCCUGAGUCACACUCUGAAAUUAUCAGAUCAGAAGAGACAUGCUGGAGCACAGGAACAGUCAGAAAUGCAUUCAGCAAUUCAAAUCAUCACAAAGACAAUCACAGAACAGUGACUAAUGUUUCUGAUGAAGUUUCAAGUGAGGAGGUCCCCGAAACUGGAUAUACCCUUCGCCGUAAUGCAGAACGUGCUUCCAGUGACUGUGCAUUUCGAAACAGGAAACCCCAUCAUUAUAAGAAACAUUAUUCUGUGGAGGAUGUCCCUAAAUCUGGAACUAGCUGUAGUUCACGAUGUUCAAGUUCCAGACAAGAUUCUGAGAGCACAAGACCAGAGUCUGAGACAGAAGACAUAUUGUGGGAGGAUCUUUUGCAUUGUGCAGAGUGUCGCUCAUCCUGUACCAGCGAGACAGAUGUGGAGAACUCUCAAGUCAAUUCAUGUAUGAAAAAAGAGUAUAGAGAUGACCCCUUUCAUCAGAGCCAUUUGCCUUGGUUUCAUAGUUCUAACCCUGGCCUAGAAAAAGUGAGCGCAAUUGUUUGGGAAGGUAAUGACUGCAAAAAGGCUGAUAUGUCAGUACUUGAGAUCAGUGGCAUGAUCAUGAACAGGGUGAACAGCUAUGUACCAGGAAUUGGUUACCAGAUAUUUGGAAAUGUUGUGUCUAUAAUCCUGGGCUUAACACCAUUUGUAUUUCGACUUUCCCAAGCUAAGGAUCUGGAGCACCUAGCAACACAUUCUGCUAUAGAACUUUAUACUAUUGCUUUUGGAUCAAAUGGAGACAUCAUGGUCCUUUCCAUGGUUGUUGUAUGCUUUGUUGUUCGCGUUUCCCUUGUAUGGAUUUUCUUCUUCCUCUUAUGUGUGGCUGAGAGAACUUAUAAGCAGAGGCUACUGUUUGCAAAACUCUUUGGUCACUUAACUUCUGCUAGAAGAGCACGGAAAUCAGAAGUUCCUCAUUUCAGGUUAAAGAAAGUGCAGAAUAUUAAAAUGUGGCUUUCCCUCCGCUCCUAUCUGAAGCGGCGAGGUCCUCAACGGUCAGUCGAUGUAAUAGUCUCAUCUGCUUUUUUGUUGACUAUUUCUGUUGUGUUCAUCUGCUGUGCACAGCUUCUUCAUGUACAUGAAAUCUUCCUUGAUUGCCACUAUAAUUGGGAACUAGUGAUAUGGUGCAUUUCACUAACUUUGUUUCUUUUAAGAUUUAUUACACUUGGAUCUGAAACGAGUAAAAAAUACAGCAAUACCUCAAUAUUACUUACUGAACAGAUAAAUUUGUACUUGAAAAUGGAAAAGAAGCCGAAUAAGAAGGAAGAACUGACAUUAGUGAACAAUGUUUUAAAACUGGCUACAAAAUUACUCAAGGAACUGGACAGUCCCUUCAGGUUAUAUGGAUUGACAAUGAAUCCUCUACUUUAUAACAUCACUCAAGUUGUCAUUCUGUCUGCAGUUUCUGGUGUUAUCAGUGACUUGCUUGGUUUCAAUCUAAAGCUUUGGAAGAUCAAAUCCUGACACUUCUCGAAAAGGACACCAGAAUCAAUACUCUGGAAAGAGAACUGGUCAACUAAGCUGCCUCACUGCAGUUGCUGAUUCUGUAUUUCAGAUGUUACAGUCUCUUCAAGGAUAUCAUUUGGAAAAAAAGCUGAAGUGUUUACAUCUGACUGUCUUGUGCAAUCUUUAUAUUUAUUUUAUCUUUUCACUUUUUGUAAACUUUUAUUUUAGCUGACAGUGUAUUUUAUUUUGAAACAUUAAUACGUGUUGGUUAUUGAAAGGGUCAAACUGAAUAUCCAGAUACUUGGGGUCCUGGUAAUUGGUCACACUAAAUUACUAAAACAUGCUUCAUCUAUUGUGAAAGAUGAUACCUUAGAGCUAGGCCUUUGUACUUCAGAAGUACUCAAUACAACAGUGUCAUGCUGAAGUCACUUUAUUGAACUUGUACUAUAAAAUGUUUUGGGACAUUUUAUUUUGUACCAUUCUUUCAGGGGUAGUAUUAGAGCACCAGCAUAUUGUUGGUUACAGUAGAAGAUGACACUUCCUGUAAUGACAAUGCAGUAGGCCAGGUAGCUUCGUUUUUAUAUACAUAUAGAGAGAUAUAGAUAUAUAAAAAUAUAAAUGCUAGAGCUGGCGGGGUUCUUGACUGAAUUGAUUCCAGGAUCCAAAAUACUUUGAAAUGAAGUUUGAGUAUUAUUGAGUGUCAAUAAUGUAUUACAUAGCAGGUCAACAAGUGCUCUUUGAUAACAUUUUUAUUAGAGCAAUAACUGUAAACUGUUACCAUACUGUAAGAUAUUUUGAUAAAGAUUAGCUGUGCUAUUUAUUUGAAACACUGGGCUGUUUGCACAGCACUGACUGUGCCGCUCAACUUGUGCACUUUUAUUGUUACUUUUAAUAAUGAUCUUUAUAUAUACUAAAUAGAAUAUAGUAUGGUGGACUGUGGGGCAAUAGUGUUACUUUUGCAAGAGGGAUGCAUUACGUUUGCUCAAGAUACUGCUCUCCCAUAGUUCACUGUAGUAUAUGUGACUUAUACCACACAUAGAUUUUAAACUGAACGACUAAUUUUAGAUUUCAAAUUAUUAUGGAAACACCUUUUGAAAUUCUAAUUUUUAAAGCACAGUCCUGACCCUGUUUAUAAAUUAGUGCUAAUUAUUUCAAUAGAACUUCUUCCCAUGCAGACAUCAUUAAAUUACACAUGUAAGUUACCGUUUUAUACUGACUAUGAAAUCAGUCCUGUUGAAAAUCCUGGGUUUAUUUCAGAUUGAAUACACAUAAGAUCAGAGUCUCACACUCCUAUUUACUUAAGUGUUCUAUACUCAAGUUUGAAUCUACAUUAAUUUUUCUAAGAAGAAAACAGAUGAAAUGCCAGAUUAUGACUAAGUCAUGAUGGCUUCAUAUUUGACAGUAUCUAUAAGCAUUUUUAAAAUUUUGAGAUUGCCAUCCUGUGCACCUGGAAAUAAGUUCUAUUGAAAUUAAUGUAGUGGAAUGAUCAAUUUGAUGCCUAUAACAGAGAUACUUUAGAUCAGUGAUGUGUUGUGAAAUGUCAAAUGCACACAAAAUACUUGCUUUGUGCCUCCAAGAUCUCUGGGAUUUUCCUGUUCACUUCAGUGGAGUGGUCAAAUUCACACGCACAAGAAUAUGUAUACACCAAGCUGCUUCUCACUAAGUGAAUGGAGUAGUUCAUAUUCUCUGUAUAUGCAUUGAGUUAGAUUUACACACAUCUGCACAGAAAUAACUAGGUUCUUGGUUUUAGGUGAUACAUUGAUUCAUUGCUUGGAGAGUUUUUUUUUUUUUUUAGUAUGGCAAGGCUGAAGAAAUUAUUGGGAUCCUCAGUUUGGGUUACACUGUGAAACUUAAUAAGGAAUUUUAUUAAAAGAGAUAACAGUGUAAUGUUGAGCACAUCUAGCAUAUCCUGUAGUUGAGAAUAUGUGCAUUGUGUUUACAAUUUGCAAGUAUCAUUUAUUUUGGAUCAUAAAUAAAAAAUAAGGUAGCUGAUAUAAAACGAAGUAAAAAGAGGGAAAACAAAUCUCCAGCUUUAAUCCCCUUCUUUCAGAAUUAUUAGAUCAUUAACUUAUGUGGUAUAAGACAUUUUUAUAUAUAAAGCAACACAGACAUUUUGUAUUUUAUUUGUUGCUGUACUAAUGUUUAAUAAUGACCAAAGUGCUUUCUGUUGUUGUUUCCCCCCAAGGAAUGUAUUAUUGGAGCUUUAAGAACAUGCGAUGUCUAUUUUAUCACGUAAAAAAACUUUGGAUCUGUUCUUCUUCCUCUAUGUUGUCUGAUGUUGGAGUUGUGUUUAGGAAUUAGAUCUAUUUUAUAUAUUUUCUCAUAUGAUGGUACAGACAUACACACAACUAAAUUUUGCACAAAAUAUAUUUUAAGUGUAAAAAAGUACAGUGUGGUUUGUGUAGAGGUAAAAAAAAAGCCCUACAUUUUCACAGUUUGCUUCUUUUUUAAAAAAAAGGGCAAACGGCUGUUCUCAGAAAAAUGGCUUUUAGACACUCAAAUGUUGACUGUGGUCUUGCAAGAGGUAGCAGUUUGUGUUCAAGGAAGAUGUUUGAUCAUAAUGGUAUAAUACCUCAGCAACUAGCAAUAUGCUGGAAUGUUGCACUAUUUCAUGCAGCAUGGGGAAAACCUAAAACUGAGGGCUAACAAAUAUGUAAUGUACCUCACAACCAAGACAGAUAUAUUUAAACGGUUGCUGUUUUAUAUAUCAAUCAUACAUGUAAAAUACGAAGUAUAUUUUACAUCACUUUGACAAAAUAGAGGUAAGCAGAAACGUGGCAAAUCUUGUUAACUGUUUUUGACAUGUUUGUAACAGACAGCGUGAUCAAGCUUGGAAUAAAACAUUCUGUGGAUGGUGGUAUAAAAACAUGCAUUCA